AUGUCUGCAUCAUCAUUAUCAACAGCAAUAGGAACGUAUGGUUAUAUAGCUACAUUCUCAUUAGGUCUUAUUGGACAUUCAUGUAGUUUAUGGACAUUUUCUCAACGUCGACUUCGUUCGACUUCAACAACUGUUCUCUUUCUUACCAUAACAAUAUUUGAUAUGCUCUAUUUAUUUAUGAGUCUUCAUGAUUUUUUUCUUAUUAAUCUUGGUUUACCUCAAUUAAGUCUUUAUUAUAUUCCAUUAUGUCGAUUUCGAACAUUUAUUAUUAAUUUUGUUCAAACAAUAUCACCUUGGUUAUUAGUUUUUAUAGCAUUCGAUCGAGUAAUUCGUGCUCGUUUACCACAUCGUACAAAACAAAUAUGUAGAAAGAAAAAUAUUGUUAUAGUUCUUCUUGUGACUAUUUCAUGUGCCGUAGCAUUCAAUAGUCAUGUCCUUCAACCAUCUUUUGCUACUGCAUUUCCAUUUAAUCGUAUCAUUUGUGGUCCAUUACGCACAAAUCUAACUGACUAUGGUAUUUUCUAUUAUUUUACUUGGUCUGCUCUGCAAAUAUGGAUUAAUAUUCUCGUACCAGCAUUAUUAAUGAUUGCUUGUCUCAUUGCUGUUUAUCGAAAAGUACGAAAUGUAGCAUUAGUUCGUCGUAAUCAACAACUUCAAAAACAAAUGCUUCUUCUUAUGUUAUCAAAAGUUAUUUUAUUUCUUAUAUGUACAUUACCCUAUGGUAUCUAUCGUAUGUUCUCGAUUUAUUCAAGUUUUCAACAGAAUACAACAGAAUAUUUUACAUUCUUAAUUGUCACUGCUAUAUUGACUAUAUUCUUGAAUGCAAAUUUUUCUUUGGCUUUUUAUAUUCAUUGUUUGACAUCAACUUUAUUUCGACAGACAUUUUUCAGUACUAUAAAGAACUGUAUACGACGACGACGACGACGACGACGACAAGCUACUGUUCAACCAGUUGUAUACACAAUAGCAUCAAUACGACAGUUUACAUAA